AUGACGUACAUAAUUGCGAUGUUAAUGCGGACUGUACCAAUACUGAGGGUUCUCACAAUUGCACCUGCAAGAAAGGAUACACUGGAGAUGGAAAGUCGUGCCAAGGUCGAUAUCGAUGAAUGUGAAGAUAGUGACCAUGCUUGUGAUGCUAAUGCGAACUGUACCAACGCCAAUGGAUCCCAUUAUUGUACCUAUAUUGAUGAGUGCAAAGAUGGCAGCCAUGUGCGUGAUAUUAAUGCAAACUGUACCAAUACUGAGGGUUCUCGCAAUUGCACCUGUAAGGAAGGAUACAAUGGAGAUGGAAAGUCAUGCCAAGAUAUCGAUGAAUGUAAAGAUGAUGACCAUGCUUGUGAUGCUAAUGCCAACUGUAUCAACACCGAUGGAUCCCAUCAUUGUAUCUGUAAGGAAAGAUAUACUGGGAGUGGAGAAUCAUGCCAAGAUAUUGAUGAGUGCAAAGAUGGCAGCCAUGUGUGUAAUAUGAAUGCAAACUGUACCAAUUCUGAGGGUUCGCACAAUUGUAACUGUAAGGAAGGAUAUAUUGGAGAUGGAAAGUCAUGCCAAGACAUCGAUGAAUGUAAAGAUGGUAGCCAUGCCUGUGAUGGCAAUACGAACUGUACCAACACCAAUGGAUCCCAUCAUUGCAGCUGUAAGCACGGAUACAAAGGUGAUGGGCAAUCAUGCCAAGACAUUAAUGAGUGCAUAGAUGGCGGCCUUGAGUGUGAUGUUAACCCAAACUGUACCAAUACUGAAGGUUCUCACAAUUGUAACUGUAAGGAAGGAUACAUUGGAGAUGGAAAGUCAUGUCAAGGUGUUAUGUAUUGA